AUGUCUCUGUGGAGCACGUACCGCUCCCUCACCCCCAAAACCCGAGCCCUGUUCGGCGUCGGUGUCAUGAUCUGGGCGUCCAUCGGACUGUGGACCACACCCCAAGUCGAGAAUGCCCUGGGUAUGGCGUCUACGAAGGAGGAACAAGAAGCUUUGGAUAGGCAAUUGGCCGUUCGAAUCUCCCGUGUCGGAGGAGACGAGAAGGAGAGUCGCGUCAAUUAA